AUAGGCUGAAGGAUCUCGUGGGCUGGAUUUUCCCUUAAACUGCCUCUGUGGAACAAGCUCAAGAUCUCUGAGCUAAAGAAGCACUUAGCUAGAAGCCGUUUCCCAGUUUCUGAAGAGACCCUGGGUGUUCAAUUGCCUUUUCCUGAACACCGGCAUGGUCAUUUAACUUAACACUGAAGGAGAGCACUUGGCUAUUCUUUUUUAAAAGGAGAAAAAACACACCAGAAGGACAAUGGGUCGCUUUCCUCCCUCGGGGCACAAGCCCCCCCUGGGUGAGUGUGAGCCUUUAAGAUGUCUCUCAGCAAUGAAAGGAAAUUGAACACCUCAGCCUUGAGGAAAAUAGCCAACGACAUGACCAACAUCAUCGAAAGCCUGGACACAAGAGAGCUCCACUUCGAAGGGGAAGAGGUGGAUGCAGACGUGCUGAAUGACCCCAAAGCACCUGUGGGCAUCCCGUUCUCUGCCAUUUAUAACACUAAAGGAUUUAAAGAGGCUCAUACACAGCCCUAUCUAACUGGGUGUCCAAUCCGAGUGCGGGUUUUGGAAGUGGAACGCUGUACCUCAACAACAAAGGUGCCUAGUCUACACGUUUACACCAUUGAGUUGACACACGGGGAAUUUACAUGGCAGGUGAAAAGGAAAUUCAAGCACUUCCAAGAGUUUCACAGGGAACUGCUGCGGUACAAAGCUUUCAUUCGGAUCCCCAUCCCUACAAGAAGACACACGGUCCGAAGGCAGACCAUCAAAAGGGGAGAGGCAAGGCAAAUGCCAAACCUACCGCGCACCUCUGACAAUAUGGCCAGAGAAGAACACCUGUCCAGCAGAAGGAAACAACUGGAAGAUUACUUAACAAACCUCCUAAAAAUGCCGUUGUACAGAAACUAUCACGGAACGCUGGAAUUCCUUGGUGUAAGUCAGCUGUCAUUUAUCCAUGAUCUUGGACCGAAGGGCAUAGAGGGCAUGAUUAUGAAAAGGUCUGGAGGACAUAGAAUACCUGGUUUGAAUUGCUGUGGGCAAGGACAGCUGUGCUACCGGUGGUCAAAGAGGUGGCUAGUAGUCAAGGACUCUUUUCUCUUGUACAUGAAGCCAGACAGUGGAGCCAUUUCCUUUGUCUUACUGGUAGAUAAAGAGUUCAGCAUAAAGAUUGGCAAGAAAGAGACAGAAACGAAACACGGGCUACGAAUAGACAAUCUCUCCAGGUCACUGAUUUUGAAGUGCAACAGCUACAGACAUGCUCUCUGGUGGUGUCAAGGGAUAGAAGAAUUCAUUCAGAAAAACGGCACUAACUUCCUCAAACAUCACAGAUUUGGCUCUUACGCAGCUGUCCAGGAGAACACCUUGGCAAAGUGGUAUGUAAAUGCAAAAGGGUACUUUGAAGACGUCGCCAAUGCCAUGGAAGCUGCCAAAGAAGAGAUUUUCAUCACAGAUUGGUGGCUGAGCCCAGAAAUAUUCAUGAAACGGCCAGUGGUGGAAGGCAACCGUUGGAGAUUAGACUGCAUUUUGAGGCGGAAAGCUCAACAAGGGGUGAAAAUCUUUGUGAUGCUCUAUAAAGAGGUGGAGCUUGCUCUUGGCAUCAACAGUGAGUACAGCAAGCGUACCUUAAUGCACCUGCACUCCAACAUCAAGGUAAUGAGGCACCCAGAUCAUGUGUCUUCAACCGUUUAUUUAUGGGCCCAUCAUGAGAAACUGGUGGUCAUUGACCAGUCCAUAGCCUUUGUCGGAGGCAUCGACUUGGCUUAUGGCAGGUGGGAUGACAAUGAGCACCGACUGACUGACGUCGGCAGCGCAAAACGAAUGACAGCAACCAAGUCUGCAUCUGUGGUCAACCUCUCACCUUCAGCUGAAGCCACUGAUGAACAGGCAGCCACCGUCCCUGCACCAGAGCCCCCAACGAAGCUGCAGUUGCAGGAGAACAACGACGAAUCUCUGGACCCUUUGAGGAUGAAAGGAAUAGGGAAACCCAAGAGAUUUGCCAGGUUCAGCAUCUACAAGCAGCUCCACCGGCACGGCCUACACCACGCAGACAGCGUGAGCAGUAUAGACAGCGAUUCCAAUAAAGGCUCUAUCCGGAGCAUGAAGACUGGCGUUGGAGAGCUUCUGGGUGAAACCAGGUUCUGGCAUGGGAAGGAUUAUUGCAACUUUGUCUUUAAAGAUUGGAUUCAGCUUGAUAAACCCUUUGCUGACUUCAUUGAUCGCUACACCAUGCCCAGGAUGCCAUGGCAUGACAUUGCCUCGGUGGUGCACGGAAAAGCUGCCCGGGAUGUGGCUCGGCAUUUCAUUCAGCGCUGGAACUUCACAAAGAUCAUGAAGCCCAAAUACAGAUCCCUUUCCUACCCUUUUCUGUUGCCGAAAUCUCAGCAGACUGCUGACGAAUUGAAGUACCAGGUCCCCGAUGCAGUGUGUGCCAGCGUGCAGGUGCUCCGCUCUGCUACGGACUGGUCUGCUGGGAUCAAGUACCAUGAGGAGUCCAUUCAUUCUGCUUAUGUUAACGUGAUAGAAAACAGCAAACACUAUGUCUACAUAGAGAACCAGUUUUUCAUUAGCUGUGCGGACGACAAAGUUGUAUCGAACCGGAUUGGUGAUGCCAUCGCUCACCGCAUCCUCAAGGCGCACAGGGAAAACAAACGGUACCGAGUCUACGUAGUCAUCCCACUGCUGCCAGGAUUUGAGGGCGACAUUUCAACAGGAGGAGGAAAUGCACUGCAGGCAAUCAUGCACUUUAACUAUAGGACCAUGUGCAGAGGAGAUAAUUCGAUCCUGGGACAGCUGAAAGCAGAGAUUGGAGACCAGUGGAUUAAUUACAUUUCGUUCUGCGGACUCCGAAACCACGCCGAGCUGGAAGGAAAGCUUGUGACAGAAUUGAUCUACGUUCACAGCAAGCUGAUGAUUGUGGAUGACAACACAGUCAUCAUUGGCUCUGCUAACAUCAAUGACCGCAGUAUGCUGGGCAAGCGAGACAGCGAAAUGGCCGUCAUCGUGCAGGAUACAGACACCCUUCCUUCAGUGAUGGACGGAGAAGACUACAAAGCGGGGCGGUUUGCUCAGUCUCUCCGCCUUCAGUGCUUCAGAGUUGUCCUUGGCAAUUCAACAGACCCUAAUGAUAUCCAGGAUCCUGUUUGCGACAAAUUCUUCAAGGAAGUGUGGGUUGCAACGGCUGCACGCAAUGCCACUAUAUAUGAUAAGGUUUUCCGAAGCCUUCCCAAUGACGAAGUAACUAGCUUGGCCAAGUUACGGGAGUACAUCACCAAGCCGAAGCUCGCUUGCGAAAAUCCUGCCAAAGCAGCAGAAGAACUCAAAAAGAUCCAUGGGUUUUUAGUUCAGUUCCCCUUUGGUUUCCUGCAAGAAGAGAAUUUGCUUCCCUCCGUCGGGACAAAAGAAUCAAUGGUGCCCAUGGAGACUUGGACAUAAGAGGAUCCAGCAUAUGUUGGAUUUAAGAACACAAAAAGCAAAAACAGGGUUCUCUGGAGAUCUGCUGAAUCGAUUGUGGUUGCAUGGGAUGUUUUUGCCAAGUCCGCACCGAUCCAAAAGUGCCUUUUGGUGGAAGAGCUUCAGAGAAAACAAUAGUGUAGCAGGGCGAAAUGUCGAAAGCAACCGAUAACUGACAAGUUCUGCUCACGGAUAAAAGAGGACUUGCAAUUUAGCAACCCAGGAAGGAAGGGAAUUGCAAGCCACUUUCUCGAAAGACUACAAGUCACAUUGCAAGACACCACUUAUUCCAUGCAUGCUUGCUCUGCUUGGCCGAUGGCCUCAAAGGGAAUUCAGAAACUCAUUGCCAUAAAGAACUGGGAGAAAGCGCUUGUUCGUCCCACCUGUCUUUUACACUGGAGAAUGUUUGGCAACCACUUGACACAACAAUAACUAAGGCCACCACUUCCAUGGAAGUACCUCUUGCACUAGGCAAAGUGAAUUUGCACC